CUGUGGCUGCCUGCCCCACUCCCUGCCGGGACACCCGCUGAGAGGUCACCCACCCCGCAGCCCCAGCGAGCCCAAACCAGACCAGCCCGGUGAUCUGCCAUGGAAGCCGCAGAUGCCUCCAGGAGCAACGGGGCGAGCCCCGAAGCCAGGGACGCCCGCAGCCCAUCAGGCCCCAACGGCAGCCUGGAGAAUGGCACCAAGGCGGAUGGCAAGGAUAGCAAGACGGCCAACGGGCACGGCGGGGAGGUGGCCGAGGGCAAGAGCCUGGGCAGCGCCCUGAAGGCAGGGGAGGGAAAGAGCGCCCUGUUCUCGGGUAACGAGUGGCGGCGGCCCAUCAUCCAGUUCGUGGAUUCGGUGGAUGACAAGGGUUCCAACUACUUCAGCAUGGACUCCGCGGAAGGCAGGCGGUCCCCGUAUGCGGGGCUCCAGCUGGGGGCCUCCAAGAAGCCGCCCGUCACCUUUGCUGAGAAGAAGUCCAUCUUCUCGGAGCCCCGGAAGCCCUCGGUGUCCAUCGUGGAGCCCGGGGAGGUCCGGAGGAACAGCUACCCGCGGGCCGACGGGAGCCUCCUGCGGUCCAAGUCCGGCUCCGAGGAGGUGCUGUGCGACUCCUGCAUCGGCAACAAGCAGAAGGCCGUCAAGUCCUGCCUGGUGUGCCAGGCCUCCUUCUGCGAGCUGCACCUCAAGCCCCACCUGGAGGGCGCCGCCUUCCGCGACCACCAGCUGCUGGAGCCUAUCCGGGACUUCGAGGCCCGCAAGUGCCCCCUGCACGGCAAGACCAUGGAGCUCUUCUGCCAGACGGACCAGACCUGCAUCUGCUACCUCUGUAUGUUCCAGGAGCACAAGAACCACAGCACGGUGACGGUGGAAGUGGCCAAGGCGGAGAAAGAGACAGAGCUGUCCCUGCAAAAGGAACAGCUGCAGCUGAAAAUCAUUGAGAUUGAGGAUGAAGCUGAAAAAUGGCAGAAGGAGAAGGACCGUAUCAAGAGCUUCACCACCAAUGAGAAGGCCAUCCUGGAGCAGAACUUCCGAGACCUGGUGCGUGACCUGGAGAAGCAAAAGGAGGAAGUGAGGGCUGCACUGGAGCAGAGGGAGCAGGAUGCUGUGGACCAGGUGAAGGUGAUCGUGGAUGCCCUGGAUGAGAGGGCCAAGGUGCUUCAUGAGGACAAGCAGAUCCGGGAGCAGCUACACAGCAUCAGCGACUCAGUGCUAUUUCUGCAGGAAUUUGGUGCAUUAAUGAGCAAUUACUCUCUCCCCCCACCGCUACCCACCUAUCAUGUCCUGCUGGAGGGGGAGGGCCUGGGACAGUCACUCGGCAACUUCAAGGAUGACCUGCUCAAUGUGUGCAUGCGCCAUGUUGAGAAGAUGUGCAAGGCCGAUCUGAGCCGUAACUUCAUUGAGAGGAACCACAUGGAGAACGGCGGUGACCAUCGCUACAUGAACAACUUCCCAACCAGCUACGGGAGCGAGUGGAGUGCCCCGGACACCAUGAAGAGGUACUCCAUGUACCUCACGCCCAAGGGGAGCGCACGGACAUCCUACCAGCCAGGGUCCCCUGGUCGCCUCUCCAAGGAGACUAAUCAGAAGAACUUCAACAACCUCUAUGGCACCAAAGGUAACUACACCUCCCGGGUCUGGGAGUACUCCUCCAGCAUUCAGAGCUCCGAUGACCUGCCCGCAGUCCAGGGCAGCUCCUCCUUCUCCCUGAAAGCAGGCGCUGGGAAAACCCCCUAUCAGUUCACCACCUUGGGACAGGCCACUGCAGAGUUUUCCAAGCCACUGGACCGCAGUGGGCUGUUUAAAAAUAAUCCUGGCUAUCCCUCCCUCAUACGCAGCCAGACCCCUAAGGCCCAGCCCCAGACCUGGAAAUCCGGCAAGCAGACUCUGCUGUCUCACUACCGGCCAUUCUACGUCAACAAAGGCAACGGGAUGGGCUCUAACGAGGCCCCCUGAGCUCUGGCAAGAGGGAAUGAGGCGCCGCCACCCCUGUCCUCUCUGCUCCUCCUGCCGCUCCUGCCUUCUAAGCCACUGUGCUCUUCCGGGUGGGAGGGCCUGGCUCUGCCUGCUGCCCCCAGUCCUCUGCCAACCCUCUCAGGACUCCACCCAGGCCCCUGUCCUGCUUGGUGUCUUUGGGUGGGCACCUCGUUCCUAUGCCGAGGCCAACCCACCACAGGGGUGAGGACAGGGCUGCUUCUCUCCCCAACCCGCCACCCUCCUCCUCGGGGUGGGGUCACUGAGGUCCUCAUGGUAUCAGCCUGCCCUCCUGCCCAUGCCCUGUGGUCUCCAAGGCCUCUUCCGCUGUGGUCAGCAGGUGCCCGGGGAGGCAGCUGCCCAGUUCCCAUCCCUGUAGGCCGGUCUUCUUUCCAGACACUUGGUCCUGAGAGGAGAGGACCAGCCCCUUGUCCCCUGGGUUCUCUCAGUAAUGCCCUCCUGGAAGAAACUGCAGGUCUGGUCACCGCAGAGCGAAGCCUGUGUCUUGACCUCACCCAGUCUGGGCCAUGGGUCUCUGUCAUAUCUACUUGGAGUCCCAGACCCCAGAGAGUGACAGGUUGACUUUAGCCAAGAGAGUCCCCUCUUCAACAUGAUAUAAUCCACUCAUGAAAAUAGCUACUGGCCCGGGCCACGCCAGGGAAAUACCAUUUACCUGUAGAAUCUCAUAAUUUCUAAUUAAUGGUUCUCCCUGGUGAUGGAGAACCAGCUGGAUCGUGGCAGCCAGUGCUGCUUACCAGGGUGUCUUAUGCUGCCCCAGAGGGGAGCCUGCCUCUUCCCUGCCUGCCCUCCAUGUCACAGGCCAUGGGGCCCCGGGCUGGGAGAGAGACCAAACCAGGAGCAGCGUGGUGGGGUCGUCUUUCACCCCAGGACUGAUGGGGUCUCGAGGUGGCCAGCUUGCAGGGGGGUGGCAGACUUUCAGCUUGGGCUUUCCCCUCCCGAAUAAACCAUUGUCACUCA